GGGUUGAGGACUGCCUACUUUUCGAAGUUUCUAGCAGCAGGAGAAAUAUUUGCAGGCUGAUGUGAGCUGCCUGUGGACUCAUCAGACCGGUUGUAAUGCUUGUCUUUUCGCGGCCAGACGAGCGCUCAUAAAGCCAUGGUUAGAUUUUCCGGAGAUUUUUACGUGUUUUAUGUAAUCAUUUAAUAAACCAGCCCUGCACUGGAGAUCAGACUGACAGCUGAUCAUGUUUGGGUGUUUAGUUGCAGGCAGAUUGGUCCAGACCGAUGCCCAGCAGGUCUCUGGUGAUAAAUUUGUGUUCAACCUGCCUGACUAUGAGAAGGUUAACCACGUGGUGGUGUUCAUGCUGGGCACAGUGCCUUUUCCUGCUGGCAUGGGAGGUGCUGUUUACUUCUCCUUCCCUGAUCCAAGUGUGGGCCAAGUGUGGCAGCUGCUCGGCUUCAUCACCAACGAGAAGCCAAGUGCCAUCUUUAAAAUCUCUGGCCUAAAAGCUGGUGAAGGUGGAGCUCAUCCGUUUGGGAUGAUGGCUGCCCCACAGGCCGCCUCGGUGGCUCAGGUCGGCGUUUCCGUUGAACCCCUCGACCAGCUCGCUCAACAGACACCAGUUUCCAAUGCAACCGUCUCCACCAUGGAUUCCUUCACACAGUUCACCCAGAAGAUGUUGGAGAGCCUGUACAACUUCACCUCCUCCUUCGCUCUGUCACAAGCUCAGAUGACGCCAAACCCCUCGGAGAUGUAUGUUCCAGCCAGCUCCAUCCUUAAAUGGUAUGAAAACUUCCAGAGACGAAUGGUGCAGAAUCCAAACUUCUGGAAAGCAUGACAUGCUUGAUUAUCUAAGCUCUUAAUUAACAGAGGAGCAGAAAAUUGGGAAUUCAUAUUAUCAUUUGGCUUGCCUUGAAAUAUCUGGCUUAAGAAUAUCAUGCCAAUAUCGGUAUAUCUCAUGUAUUUUAUAUCCCACAUGGAACAGCAACAAAGUAAAUAUGAUAUUACUGACAGUGUUAUAAUGCAGCGGACACUGACUGGUUGUUUUCAGGUUUGCUAGCUGAGGAUGUUACAGAAUUUUCAUAUUGAAUGAUUGAUGUUUGUAAUGUGGUUAUAAAAACGCAGGCCUUCACACGUCUAACUUUUUUGUAAUCUGGUGUUCUAGACAUAAAAAAAAAACAUGUUUUAUAGAUUUUUUUUGCUUUAUGUUUUCAUUUUUUGGGUGAAGAAGAAAUUUGACAAUAACAGCUUUUCUUUAUCUGAUGGAUGACCGUUAAUUAUGAAGUCUUGCAAGUGAAUGAACAAUUUUCUUUUCUUGAUUCAAGUCUAUUCAUUUGCGAAUGUCCAACAUAAGCUAUAAGCUAUGUCAGCCAAAUGUGAGAUACAAUGCUAAAAACAAAACAAAAAAACAUUUUGUCCAAAAAUUAUUUGAGCAUGUUGGAUGUUCUUCGAACAUUUUAUUGGUGAAGAGUGUAUUAAAGGAAGAGAAAAGCC